CACAGCAAACGUUUAAAAUGUGAAAAGAGAAACCCGCGAACAACAACAGCAAUAAGAACAACAAAAGAAAGCAGAACACCAAGUGUCAAGUGGGGCAAGUGUGGCAACACCAAGAGCACCAAAAGGCGUGACCUAAUCCACUAAAGGAGUUCGUUCGAGUCACGUGUUCGCAAAUGGCCCAGUUGCCAAUGCGAGCAGCAGGAGCAGGAGCAGCCAUAGCGACGACGACGACAACGACGAAGAGGCAGCUGUUGUUGAACUCAACCCGUGCCACAUGCUCAGAGUCAGCCUCAGCCUCUGCCUCAGUCUCAGCCUCUGUCGCAACGCGCUUAUAAUUGCAACAAUUCAAUUAAAGCUGGAAUCGAACUAAACAUUUGCUGGCGGCGCUGCUGUUGUCUGUUGUCAACCGUCUCGUCUCGUCUCUCUGCGUGUCUCUCACUCUGUGCCACACUCUAUCUGCGCUUGUGUGUGUAUAUAUGUGUAUGUGUGUGUGUGCGCCGCCAGCAACAGCAGCAGCGGGCAUGAAUAGCAAAUGAACUUAAGCUCUCGGCAAACAAAAGAAAAUGCAACUUAAGUGAACUUCCUGCGUUGACAACAAUAACAACAACAACAACGAGAACAACGAAUCGGAGGCGGCACCAAUUAUUGGAGCCAACAGCAACAACAACAACUACAGCCAAAAAAAGAGAGCAAGUGAAUCCUGUGCAAUGGCCGCCUCCACAUCAACAUCAACAUCAACGCCACAAAACUACAAAGUGCCAUCGACGAGCAAAAUAUCCGUUGACAAACUGCUCCGCGUCGGUUACUACGAGCUGGAGAAGACAAUUGGCAAGGGCAACUUUGCCGUCGUCAAGCUGGCCACGAACGUUGUGACCAGAACAAAGGUGGCCAUUAAGAUCAUUGAUAAGACAUGCCUCAACGAGGAAUACUUGAGCAAGACGUUCCGCGAGAUAUCCAUACUCAAAUCGCUGCGACAUCCGCACAUAACGCGCCUCUACGAGGUGAUGGAAUCACAGUCGAUGAUCUACCUGGUCACAGAGUAUGCGCCAAAUGGCGAGAUCUUUGAUCAUCUGGUCGCCAAUGGACGCAUGAAGGAGCCGGAAGCGGCGCGCGUCUUCACACAGCUCAUCUCGGCGGUGCACUAUUGCCAUCAGCGCGGUGUGGUGCAUCGUGAUCUCAAAGCGGAGAAUGUCCUGCUCGACAAGGACAUGAACAUCAAACUGGCGGACUUUGGUUUUAGCAAUCACUACGAGGAGGGCAGCCUAUUGCGUACGUGGUGCGGUUCACCGCCAUAUGCGGCGCCGGAGGUUUUUCAGGGUCUCGAAUACGAUGGACCCAAAUCGGAUAUCUGGAGUUUGGGUGUUGUGCUCUAUGCACUCGUCUGUGGCGCAUUGCCCUUCGAUGGCAAGACCAUAUUGGAGCUCAAGAGUCGCGUGGUCCUCGGCAAAUUUCGCAUACCCUUCUUCAUGUCGCAGGAGUGUGAGCAUCUCAUUAGGAAUAUGCUUGUCGUGGAGCCGGAUCGUCGUUAUACCAUCAAACAGAUCAUCAAGCAUCGCUGGCUAAGCGACUGGCAAUCGGAACUGGAGCAGGAUGAGGUGCGACUGGACGGCAUGCCGUCGUUGCCGUUUGGUGCAACCGGCCUGCAAUCCAGCUCCUCCCUGGCCAGCUCCACAACAUCGCUGUCCGGUGCGGAUAGUACGGAUGUCACAGCACCCCAGUUGGACGCUGUGGUCAUGACCCAUAUGCUGCAGCUGCCCGGCCUGACGGCGGACAUGAUUGCACAGUCGGUGCACGAGCAGCGAUUCGAUAAUAUCUAUGCCAUAUACAAUCUGCUGCAGGACAAGCUGCUGCAGAAGCGACGCGAAAACCAAAGACUGCAACACCAUGCGAAUCUGGCGUACUCGAGAUCACGCAAGACAAGCAUCACCACCGGCAUCGUGGAUCGCUCCGAGCCCGUCAAGCAGGAAUCUCUCGAUCGUCUCAGUCCGCUCAGCAAUGCGAACGCCUCAAGUUCGGCGCUCGGAUUUGGCUGGUGUGCCGAUGUCGGUGUCGAUUUGGAGAAGUUCGGCGACAUUGAGCUCGAGUGCCUGGCGCGACCCAAUGAACAGCACUCUGUCAAUGCGCAGCACUUGAGCGCCACAGGUGGCGGAGUCUCUGGGGCGAACACGCGUCGCCACACAGUCGGACCGGGCGAUGUGGCGCACGAGCAGGCGCUGGCCAAUCCCAAUGUGCCGCCCAUCGAUUUCAAGGGUGCGCCGCAGUGCAGCGAUACGGCUCAGGCGAAUCCCAUGAAUCUUCCCAUGCUGCAGAAUCAGCCGCUGCACAAUUUAACCAUCAAGGAUCAGCAUCUGCUGAAGCCGCCCGUUGUCAUGGGUGCCAGUUCGUUUGGACGUCGCGCCUCGGAUGGUGGCGCCAAUCUGCACAUUUAUUAUCCCGCCAGCGUAUCGGCUGGCAGCAGCGGUGUGGCACCUGCGGCACAACAAAUGGACACCACUGGCUACUAUAUCAAUCAGGGCCUGGCAGCAGCGCCUCUUCCCCCGGAACUGUCGCCGCUCAGCGAACAGUCACCGAUACAGCUCAACUGCUGUCCCGAAAACAGCGGCGAGGAGUGCAGCGAGGAAAUUGAGAGGUACAUGCAGAAGCGCGGCUGUGUGAAGCGACAUACUGUCGGCUGCACAGAGGAUCUCUCCGUCAGUCACAAUCCCGGCGAGCUGGGCCAGAUGCAGGUGCCACCAGGUGGCCAACCACAAACGCCAAGCGGCAACGGUGCAUCUGCUGGUGGCAAUAUGCGCACCCGUCGCAGCGGUCUGCUAACAGUUACAGAUCGGCCGCCAGUGAUUUGCCCCAAGCUAAUACGCGAAGUUGAAUCUCGCAUGAAUCGCGACUAUUUGCCGCCCACACUCAAAUCGCUGAGCCAAUCGCCGCCCAAUCCGCCCAUUUUUGGUCUGGCAAUGGGUGUGGCAACGUCGCCGUUGAGCGCCGCCAGCGCCGGCAGCAGCAACUCUGUGCCGCUGGUGGCGGCGCCCACAAUGGCGGCCAACAAUCGUCGCACCAUCCGCCCCACCCACUCUAAGCUGCCCACUGUGCAGGAGGGUGCGACCAUAGGACGCUACAGUCCUGUGCGUCGCGCCUCGGAGGGAUCACGUUCGCAGUUCCAGGGACCGCUGCAGGAAUGCCAAUCGCUGCAAAAAGGUAUCGCACAGAGAAAUUUUUUGGUUGCACCCAGUCCGCCGCUUUUAGAAAAUUCGAUCAGUCUGCCCGCCUCACCCAUCCAUGGCAAACCGACGAAUCUGCAGCUGGCGCUGCGACGUGGCCACGAUAUCGAGGUGCCGCCGGAGGCCAUACAGAGUCUGAUGCCCGCCUUGGAUCGAUUGGUGAAGGAGCAGCGGGUCAGCUUCGACAUUGCCAAAAAGAUAAUCUCAACGAAAGUGGUGCCUAUCGAUCUGGCCACCCAGCUUGGACUGGCCGCCCAUGCGGCGAGCGGUGCAGCGGUGAGUGGUGGCCAUUUGGAUCAGUCGCAUCUGCUGCAGCAGCAGCAGCUGCAUCAGCAGCCCAUGUACAGCUACAGUGUGUCGCCGCUGUCGACGUUGCCACAUGGCGGCGCCAAUGCCUCGCUGACCACCGCCAAGCAGAUGUUUGGCCAGCCCAUCUGUGGCUAUCAGUAUCAGCCGGCAGCAGCGGCCGCGGCAGCUGUGGCACUAACACUCCCGUUGCAGCCACAGCAUUUGGUGGGUCAGUUCAGCAGCAUCAAUUUGGGCGCCUGCAAUUCGAACAGCAGCAGCGGCUGCCAAUCGCCCGUCUACAGCAGCAACUGCAACAGCAUCAUCAGCAGUAAUAGCCAUAGUGGGAGCGGAUUCAGCGGCAACAGCUCACCCAAUCCAAAUCCGUAUCUGCCGGGCACCGGUCCCUUUAAUCCCUGUGUGAGUGUCAAUGCGUGCGCCACAUCCCCAUUGCAUCAGAUCACCAAGGGCAUCUCAGUGCUGAGCACUGGCGGUGGCGGUGGCUCCAUUACGCGUGGCACCUCUGCCGCCAGCGAAGGGGCUGCUCAGCAGCCACUCGAUCUGUCCAUGGAUGUGUGCAUUGCGGGCGAUCAGCCAUCGGCUGAUUAUGCAACGACCAAUUGGUUUAUGCCCACGGCGGCGUACUAUGAUCUGAAGCCAUUGAAUCUGUCGCCGGCGCAGCCAGUGCGCGUUGUGACCACGCCGCCGGCAUCGCCCAAUCUGUGCAUCAUCCAGGAGGAGAAUGGCAACGGUCAGAUGUGUCACACGAUUAGCACGGGUACCCCAUAUGCCGGCUGCACGGGCGGCAUAACGCCACAGAUCUGCCUCACCGAUGUUCAGGGCAGUGAGAUCACGCUGGUGGCCCUCUCCUCGGACAACAGUCGAGACAGCGAGGACUCCUUGGAGCCACAUACGCCCAUCAUGUCAAUGCAGGGCUUGAUCAUCGCGGAGCCCAGCAGCGAUAUGCCAUCGAUAACGCGUGGGAUUGGACGCAAGGCGAGUCUCGAUUGCGAGAAUAGCACCACCAGUACCACACAUGCUGCGCCCAGUUGCCAUGCCCAUGGGUCUGGGAAUGCGGAGCCGCACAGGCGUGGCAGUGAUAAAUCGCUGGGCUUCUCAGACGAUUCGCUGAGCAACGACUCGAAUAAUCUGUCGCCAUCAUGCCAGGAGCCAUCGGCCAGCUCCGGCUUCAAAUCCGACUCACAUUCCGAAAUGGGGGAUCACACCGAAUGUGGGCAUCUAACGCCGGACUCCAUGUGCGAUUCGCGACGCAUGUCCGACGAGAUGUGCUACGAGGUACCACUGCCGCACGAGUGCUCCAAUCUGGACUCGACACGCAUCCUAGAGAUGGUCAAGCAAACGAUCGACUCGACAAUGCCGCCCAAGGGCUUUGUGCUGCACAAGGGCAGCAUUAGCUCCGAGGAUAGCGGCGCCGAGUCCCGCUACAGCAGCGCCUCCAACGCAUCCAGCGAGGCGACACCCAAUGCCAAUGCCAUCGCCAGCGUGGCGGCCAGUGCUGCUUGUGCUGCGUCCAGCUAUGGCGAACCGACCACCAAUUUAAGUCUAGAGUACUCGGGUGGACUGCAGAUCGAACUGCAGGUGUGCGAGGGACGCAGUCGGGAUCAUCAUGGUGCUGGCAAAGGUAUCAAAUUGAGACGCAUCUCGGGGGAUCAGUUUGAGUAUGGAAAGAUUUGUCAGCAGCUCAUUAGUACCAUAACCAUGCAACAGGUGGCGGGUUAAGGCGGCAGCAGGACUGUCCCCAAAAGCUUCACAUUAAAUAUGUGUGUGUGAGUAUGUGUGUGUAAGUGUGUAUGUGUGUGUGUAUGUGUGUGUGUGUGUGUGUGUGUGUGUGUGUGAGUGUGUAUGUUAGUGUAUCUAUAUGUCCUGUAUUUUGAAUGUAAACCACAAACAGAAAUGACUCGCCUUGCCUAUAAACUCUGCGUAGCUGUGAUUUAAGCCGAUAUGUACGAUAUAUGUGCAUAUAUCAUAUAUAUGUGAAUGUAUCAGUAUGUGUGUGUAACUGUUAACUGUUACUGUGUAUCUGCAUCUGUGUACGUGUGUGUGUGUGUGUGUGUGUGUGUGUGAGUGAGCUAUGUUUUUUAUAUCCUAACAAAUCAAACAAUCGGACGAAUAACAUAAGCAAUUGAAAACCAACGUCCGAUGUAUAUACUAUGAUUAUAUAUAUAUAUAUAAUGUAAUUUGAUUGUUAUUUGACAUUUUUUUAGGCUUCGUUUCAAUUCGUUAAACUAGUAACUUUAAUCAAAAUUUUUUUAGCUAACAUAUACAAUAGAUAUAUAUAUAUAUAUAUGUAUUUAACUGGCGAGCAU